GCUUAAGAAUAUGGCAGGGCCAACUUUACAAGCGUAGAACAGACUCGAGCUUUGUGUCAGGAAAAUCAGCCGCAUGGAGUUUUCGCCUUCCAUUACAAAAAAGAAAAAGCUUCGAGGAAAAAUUCACCGGCGUCAGUUGUGGCUGAGAUUUUUUGGCGUCGGUACGGAUUCUACGCAGUGCUUUGUUAAAAUUCGGUGUUUUGUAAGAUUUUCAGAAAGAUUGACUUGCGAAUCACCGCGUCGUAAAAAGAUCUUCAUUGUUCGUGACUCCACAAUAGAAACUCGCACACCAUGAUCUCGAUAAAAAUAAUGGUGGAUGAUUUCCGAAACAAAAGAGCCAUCAGAGGAAAACACUUGAUCAGACAAGAUCAGCGAGUUUACCACCGAAGUAGAACUUACAAGAAGGAGACAGUCGUAAGCGGCAUCAGCAAGUACGAUUUGGCGCAAGAAGGUUCUCCGUACUACACCUACAACUACCACCACGGAAAAUUGUCGCAGAUGCGGGAAAAACGCUCGAAGGAUCGAAAUGAGCAAUUCGAUCAAUCCAGAGGGGUCGACAGCAGUAAAGUCUCAUACGAUUAUUAUCGCGGAUCGGUACCGGCGCAGGAUAAACCCGUGAAUAGUGAGAACAACUGCGAAUUCUAUCGUCGCAACUACUUGCAAGCUUCCAAACCCACGUGCGAACGCAACGAAAAUUCGGAGCAGUCAAGAAAUUUGUUCCUUCGGAACAGCGAGGAUCGAGCUCGGAGCUUCAUGGAGCGAUCGGAGCCACGAUCGAACGGUGGUAGCAUUCUUAGGCCACCGGUUCUACCGAUGCAGCCGAUCUCUAAUGACAAUUCGUUGCCUCGAAUUAGGGAGAUCGUUAGCAUGAGCAACCCUGUGCUCAAUGGUAAUUCUGCUCAAUCAGCUGGGCCUACUGAUAAAGCUUCUGAGAAAAGAGGCGAUGAGUGGAACAGCAAAAGUAGAAGGUCCGGGAAAAGGGUUCUGUCUCGGAAGGAACUCGCUAGAAUGAGAAUGCGAAUCGCUGGACUGUCCCUUGAGCCGGAAGAGACGACGAAACCCACCGCCUCAUCAUCAUCAUCAUCAUCAUCAUCUUCAACUCCUCGCCCAAGCACCUCGUCAUCGAGCACUCAAACGCCAGCCCAGCCUGCAGCAGUAUCCCCACAGGCAUCAAUCAUCGACGCUGACUACGAAGAAAACAUAAUGGACAUCUACCGCUGCGAAAAAUGUCACUCCCUCGGUCUCCCCGAACUCUACGAAUGCGGCGCAGGUCACGCGGUCUGCGAGGAAUGUUGGCUCUGUCUGUCCCGCUGUCCAGGCGUCCACGAGAACGAGCACAACGCAGGCGGUUUCCGUCGAGCUUUGGGUCUGGAGAAACUUGCCAAGUUCAUCAAGUUUCCAUGUCUAUGGCAGGAGAACGGCUGCCAGGAAAAACUCGGACCCGACGCCUGGAGAAGUCACGCGACUCGGUGCAGGUACUUCGUAGGGAGUACGACGGAGGAUACUAAGGUCCAGCCUACGAUCAUGGAUUCAGGACUGGAUUCGGACGACGACGUUGUGGUGAUUUUGGACGAGGAUGAGGAGUACGCGUUCAAGUCGGGAGAAGAGUAAAUUUUUGGAUUUUUCUUUUUAGGAUAAGGAGCACGGUUCUGUGUCUGCGAAAUUUCUCAUUUUUUAUACGCUAUUUUUGUAUUAAAAUUUUUUUUUUUUUUGCAGUCUAGUGAGUAAAGAUAAUCAAUUUUUUUUUUUCAUGAAAAUGAGACUUUUGGGAAGAACGAUAGCUUAUAAUCGUUUAUCUUAUCAUUAAAGCUUUGGAUGAAUAUAACAAUGUGGAUGACGAAGUAGGCAAACAAUUUUUCUUUAUUUGAUAAAUUUUACUCACUGCUGCACACGCGUUUCAAGCCUUUUUUAAUUAUAUAAGAUUAUCGAAUUUUGGAGCGUUAUUAUUCGCGAAAAUAAUCGUAUGAUCUUUAAUUAAAACGCGAGUGUAGCGUAAUUUGGAGCUAAUGAGAGAAGUCGCCGUAAUUGCACCGGAAAUUACUCUAUUGAAAAAUCUCAGGUAAACUCUCGCUAUUUAUUCAAUCACAUAUCUCAUUAAGAUAGUUAAAAUAGGAACAGAUAUGCUAUGUAAUUAUGAAACUAUUAUGCGUUUGAUUGCUUUAUUCUCGGUGAAAAACCGCCUGUGGAAUUCAUGCAAAUUUGUGUUGCUAUGUAAUUAAAAUAGAAAUUUUUUCAAAAA